AUGGAUACGCAGAACAGAAAUCUAAGCGGCCCGGGUUCCGUUCUUUGGGAACAGAAGGUCGGGGCUUCAGCGCCGCAGCACUUCACCCUCUCGCCCGGACCCAACCGCAGCCGCUCACCCCGAGCCCGGCAGCUGGAAACGUGGCCUGAGGCACAAAGGAGAUGGCGAAUGGUUGUGCCUUUAUGUCCGGCAGAAAUGCCAGCGGGGUGCCCUAUUGCUACGCGCCUAUUGCUGCGCGCCGCCCUCCGCUCGCCCUGCGCCCCCCUGCGCCUGCUCUGCCGCGACUUCCACGCCGAGGAGCUCUCCGUCUCCACCGUCGUCUGCCUGCUGGACUCCCUGGAGCCUGCCGCCGUCCGCAGAGUUGUUUUACGCUUCAACAACCCGGGGCUGGCGGGGCUGUGCGAAGUGCUGCCUCACCUCAGCCGCUUCCCCGCGCUGCGCAGCCUCAAGCUGCCCUACAGCAACGUGGACGUGCGCCGCACGGCCCCCGGCCCAGACGCCGGCAUCCGCUGCUUGGCCGCUCACCUCCGGGCCCUGCCUGCCCUCAAGGAACUCGAUUUGUACUCCUCCAGGCUUUCUGGGAGACUCAGGCAGCUCCUGGGCGAGCUGCAGACUCCCCUGGAGAGUCUGGCGCUGGCCUUCUGCUGCCUGCUCCCCUCCGACCUCAUCUUCCUGUCCUCGAGCCUCCACGCGCCCUCCCUGCUCCAACUGGACCUGAGCGGCCACAACCUCACGUCCCCCAGCCUCCUGCAACCCUUGCGGACGCUGCUGGAAGCCGCUUCGUGCUCGCUGCUGCAGCUGGAGCUGCUGGAGUGUCAGCUGGGGGACGCGGAGCUGGAGCUGCUGCUGCCGGCGCUGCGCCGCUGCCGCCGCCUGCGCUGCCUCGGUCUCCUCGGCACCCCCCUGAGCGCGGCGGCGCUGCGGCCUGGCCUGGCCCGGCACUGCGCGGCCCUGCCCGACCUGCGCCUCGUGGGCUACUCGCAGCCGCCGCGGGGCUCCGGCCACCACACCCCCACGCAGGGGGAGGAGGGUUUCCCGGCGGAGCUGUGCUGGCUGCUGGCGAGCGCGGGUAGAGCAGACGCCGUGUGGGCGACCAGCCUCCAGCGCUACGGAGCCAUCGACUACUUCAGCUUGUAGCAUCCCCGCCCC